AUGAAACUCUCCAUAGUAUUACUGGCCAUGCUGGCCAUGCUCAGUAACGCGGCUGUUAUCGUGCCACGGGAACAGGCUCCUCGGACUACUCUAAACGAAGCGUUGGCUCAGCUGCUCGAGAAUAUUCGUGAGCUGCUGCGAACUGGAGAUCCUGAACGUGACAUUCCGGUGCUGGCACCGCUUCAAACCGAUCGUCUCGAUGUCGAUCUCAGUCUCGGUGGAUUGUUGGACUUCACAGCUAUCCUGAACAAUCUGUACCUGGACGGGCUGGACCGAUUCCAGGGAACGCUUACGCUGAACGUGAUGCUGAUGGAGUUUACGUACGAUUUCCUGUUCCCCGAUCUGCUCGCCCGCGGCCAGUACGAUGCGGAUGGUAGACUGUUCGGGUUGAUUCCGGUGUUUGGAUUCGGGAAUUUUAACGUUCAGCCGCGCAAUUUGCGUAUCCGCGGCACGGCACAGAUACGCCAGCUUCCCAGCGGGUUUCUUCAUAUGACCGAGCUGAAAGCAAACGUUCGCCUUGACUCGCUGCAGAACAACAUCGAGGGAUUGCUGCUUGGUGGGGAACUGUCCGAUUUGCUAAACGCCGUCAUCCAGGAUCUGGUUCCGUCGGUGUUGAUCAACUUUGCGCCGGAAGUAACGGACAUCAUCUCGAGACUUGGUAUACCGAUCGCCGAUUCCAUUCUGAACACGAUGACGCUGGACGAUCUUUUCGGUUUGAUUCCGAUGAAUGCCAGGAAGGACAACUAA